GUUGAAGGCGGGACAUCCUGCAAACGCCUGACCACCAACCCAGCGACUGAGAGUCUCACUUUCGCUUCCUUGUUAGUGUGUCACAGUUCCUUUGGUUAGAAAAAAGUCAGAGGGGGAGAGAGAGAGAGAGAGAGUGUGUGAGAGUGAGUGAGAGUGAGUGGGAGGGAGGGAGUGAGGGAAAGACGGAGGGAGAGGUUUUUAAUUUGAAAUGGAGGCCAGCCUGACCUGUGCGGUUUGCUUGUCGGUGUUUGAGAAUCCCACCACUCUGCCAGUGUGCUCGCACAAUUUUUGCAAGAAGUGCAUCUUGGAAUGUGUCACCAAGUCGUUCAGUAGUUCCGGGGGGUUUGGCCUGGGCGUCUGCAGCAGCAACAACAACAUCUGGAGGAACAGCCAGCUCGAGUGCCCCCUGUGCAGAAAGAGCAACUUCAUCGCCGAAGGCGUCGUCAACCUGCCGGGCAACACCACGCUGGCCGAGGUGGUGAAGCUGUUCAGGUGCCUGCAGCAGCAGCAGCAGCAGCAGUCGGCGGGUGGCGGCUGCAGAGCGGAGGAGUUGGAAGAGAACGCGGGCCUGGGAGCCGGGAGCUCGAGCGACGGGCGAGCCUUGUGCGAGCGGCACCCGCCCCGGAGCCUGCAGCUCUUCUGCAAGGUCUGCAAACAGGCGGCUUGCGGCCAGUGCGUGUCCGAGCACCACCGCGGCGUCUUUCACUCCGUCAACCUGGUCGACAUGAUCUACCAGGAGGAAAAGCUUGAUUACUUCAACAACAUGAGAGAACUGAGGCAGUUGAAUGAGAAAUUGAAGGUUGAAGUUGCAGAUGUCCCUUCGGAUAGAGAGCUAAUGCUGGAGUAUGAAAAAGAAGUUAUUGCGAGCAAAUUUGAAGAGAUUUCAGAGAAAUUAGUACAGAAAAAAAAGCAGUUUUUGGAUAAGAUUGAAAAGGAGAUCGAAUGCAAGAAAAAGGAACGUAAAGCUUGCCUUGCAAGAAAACAGACGCAGAAAGACACCAUUGAGAAGUACCUGAAGGAUUGUGAAAUAUUGGUGAAUGAAUGCAAUCCUGUAACUUUUCUCAAGGUGGCUUGUGACUUAAAUGAAAGAGUGAGGAGCAACCUAGCCAUUGUCCUCCCUACCAUGAAAAAGCAUAAUGAAUCGGCAUGUCUGCAGCCCAGUCAGCUUCACAUAAAGCCAAUUUUGGAUAGCAUCUCUGCACUUCAGUUUGCCGAAGAUACCACAGAACCUACUUGUGCCUUGGAUGCUGGCAACGUCACAAAUAAGAAGGUCAAACAAGGGUAUCAAUUUAAAACUCCCUUGAAAAUGUGGAAACAACCCAAGGGUUGUGAAGGAGCAGAAUUUUCUCCAGAAAUAAUCUAUGACAAUCUUGAAGGCCAACGAGAUCGUUAUUGGUGUAUUACUUCAAAAGAUGAAUAUCAGGGCAUGAGUCUAGAGGAAGUACGCUACAACUAUUAUCAGUCCUACAGAAAAGACUGGAAUUGCUUUAUGAAUGAGGAUUGUUCUGGAAAUGUAAAUAGUGGUACUUCCGUGAGCGCAUUGGAAAAGUGCGAUGGAGCAGAGCAGCGUUCUGUUAAACUGUUUAGUUUUGGUCAAUCCAGUAAAAAAGUUAAAAAGAAAAUCCGUGUCAAAGCAAGGUUUGAGCAAUUGGAGUUGCAACUGCCUCGUGAUGUCGCAACCAUUACCAGUAAAACGCCAAUUUCAAACACUGACCAUUCACCAUCCAGUAAUUUUGCAAAGUUGCCAAAUGUAACAGAUGAGCCUCCGGCCUGUGAUUCAGGAGCCGCUUUCACCAAGUCAUCUGUUCCAAACUCGGAGAGAUUAUUAACUAACUUAUCAAAUUGCGGUACUGAACAAGAGAAGCAAGAAGAUAAACACGUUUCAUCGCCAUCAUUUGAAUCUAAAACCAUCUCUAGCAUUCCAAGUGUUGUGAAGACUGAGCCAACGGGUGUAACAGCGUUUAGUCCAGCCACUUCAACCUCAUGUACAGCAGUGCCGGCUUUUGCCAAAACCGAUGAACACCAGUUCUUCAGAAACCUUGGCUUUAGUUUUGCUGGUUCCACAGUAACUAAGUCCUCUGAAUCGCCACAUCCACAAAAUCAUUCCAGUACUUCUAUCUUCAGUUUGGGACCAGUUAACCCCACGGUCACUCCCUGUGCUUCCCACUCAUCAAUGUUGUCCAAUAACUCUGCAAUUGGAAACACGGCCUAUAAGAACUUGGCCACCAAAACGGGAAAUGAACAAGUUCUGUUAGCAUCAAGUUUCAGAUCUGACAAGGCAAGUGAAUGUUCUUCCACAAGCAGCACAGUCACAAGUUUGACCAAUGUAUUUCACAAUAAAAUUGCUCCUGACUCGUCUGGUAAAAAUGAACCCCAUGACAUUGGGCAAAGUAUCACUUCAGCUGCUGAUAGUGGCAAAGGCCAUUCAGUUGGAACAGCAUGUGCUCUUUCCAUGGCAAAAACCACAGAAGAAUGUUCACAGAAAAACUCACCAAAAUCACCUUUUAGCUUAAAUACAUUGGGACCUUUAUGUGAUCAAAGCAUGACAAUACCAAUAAGCUCAAUAUUCAGUUCUGAAACUAAUAACUCUGAGUCUUUAUUUACCAGAGUUUCUAAGCUAUUUUCCGAAAAAUCAACUAAAUCUUCAAGAAACUGGAUAAGUUCAUCUGCCAUUGAUUCGGCUGUUGCAAGUGGUGAUGCAUCUAUAUUCUUUAAGCAAAUUCAGGCUAAUAGUGAUGUUCCAAAUGUGAAAGUUUUGUCUCAUGCCGAUUCCUCUGUUUUUAAAUUUAAGGAGCCAGGUACUGUCACAGCGGCUUCAUCUAUGUUUAAUUCCUCCUCUUCCUCACUGUUUUCCGGUAGCUUUAUGCCAGCUCAAAGAAAAAAGGCAUCAAAUUAUUCCAUUCGCUCCUCUGAACUGUCUUCAGAUUGCUCCGCGAAAUAUUCAACUGGUUCCAUUCCUGUGGCGUCAACAACCUGUUUCAGUCAACAACCCUUGGCAGCAAGUCAGCACCAAAACAUUGUUAAACCAUUCAGUUUAGUUGAAGUGAAGAAAGAAAUUGAGAUACCGAUAGGUGCUGAACCAUUUAAACUUAAUAAUUCAUCUGGCAUUAAGAAGGAAGAUUUGCUACCAGUAGUGAGUGAACUUCAGAGUAUUGAUGAAACAUCAACCAAUGCCAGUUUUGAAAACUGCAAACCUAAAAUAGCACCACAAGUUGAAAAUGGGAUAAAUUGUAAACCAGUGGUACUUAAUAAGACAAAAUCACCUAGCUCUACACGUGUAGAUUUCCUGAAAGAAUUCUCCUCAGCAAUCCAUCAACAGGAAAUCAGUAUUGCACAGCAUUGUUUGAAUGUUGGAAUUCGAACCUGCAAAGUAAAGGAAACUGCAACAUCCGAAGCUCCCAGAAGUACACAACAAUCUAGAAAGGAUGACGAAUCGGAUCCUGGUUUGCAACUGAGUAACGUGAUACCUUCACUUGAAGUUUCUUCAGAGAAAUCGUCCAAUAAUGUUGAAGAAAGAAGAAAAGAAUCACCUGUGUUCUGUGAUCAAAUCGAUGAUGUACAAGAGUUGCGUUUUUCUAAAAAUCUUGGCUACACUGGAGUGCACCAGAGUUCUGCAACCUCCAGUGACAUUUCUCCAGAACAUGAAAGCGCCAUGAUUAGUUCAGAAGGACGAUUAGAUUUAAAGCUUCAAAAUCUUUCACACAGCAAUGAUUCUACACGUGUCCCACACUGUACUGCAUCUAAAAAAAGCAGUUUUGGGUUCACUGAUAAUGUUAACACAAAAGCAGAAGCUAUCCAGAAAGCAGCAACCGAUUCCCCACUUGCCACUGCUGCUCCUGGUUUACGCCCUGUUUUUGCUUUUGGUGCUGGUUUGAGUUUCCAAUUCAAACUAGGAGCAUGUGACCAAAAAGGGGAAAGGAGCAAUAGUGAAGGAGAUUGUAAAACUGGAGCCGAACCAAUGUUCCCAUUCCCCCCACCAGUUGAUCAUCGACCUAGAGCAAUAACUACAGAAGACACUCUCUUUUCUAACCGAGGAAAGUUAUAUUACUUAGAAAAAUCAUCCUUGCAGUGGAUGGAACGAGGAUUUGGUGAAAUUAGAAUUUUACAGUGUAAAACAAGAAAUCUGCCACGACUGGUGAUGUGGAACUCUGCUAAUAAAUGCUGUGCCAAUCAUUGGAUCACUAAUGACCUGGAGUUGAAAGAAUCAAAGAACUACGAUCAUAACUGGACUUGGAGUGCGCUGGAUUAUUCAGAGAGGAAGGCUACCUAUUUAGAUUAUGCUGUGCAUUUUAAGUUAAAAGAAACUGCUCAAAUGUUCAAAGUGGUUUUUGAAAAUGUACAAAGUGCAACUGAGACGCCCGAAUCAUCAGAAAACAACUUGAGCUGUUCUGCAGAAAACACCUCAAAAUAUGAUCACAGUGGGAGUGUUUCCUUUGCUGUGGCACCUGAUUUGAAAGAGGAAGGAAAACCUUUGCACGAAGAUGAAGAUGUGGUCAUGCUGAGUGAAGUUACACCAACUCCAGAGCAGAGAGCUCUUGCCUUAAAAUUGCUUCUUCCCCCAACGUUCUUCUGUUACAAGAAUAAGCCAGGCUAUUAUAGCAGCGAUGAUGAAGAUGAGAAUUUUGAGACUGCAAUAAGGAAGCUUGGUGGAAAGCUUUAUCCUAACCAGAUUUAAUAUUUUUAAUGCCUUCUCUUGAAUCUGCCAGCACAACUGAAUUCCUAGCAUUUUCAGUUUUAUUUGGUACUCACCGAAGAUAACGUUGAUUUUGUAUGGUAUUUCAUAUGAACAUAAAUGGGACCAAAUGCCCAUGGAGCCAGCUACAUAUUCAUUAAAAUCAAGAGUGAACUAAGUUAGUUUAGUAACUCUAGUUUCAUGUUUACUUUGGAAUUCGCAGUGCCAAAAAAAACUAUUGAUUGCAGUCUUGAACAUAUAGAUAUACUGUUUAAUUUGAAUAAUCAAUACAGAUUUAUAAGAAUCUAAUGUAUAUUUACUAAUUUUAUUGAAUGAAUUAAAAUGAACCAUAGAGAGUGCCUGAAAACAGUAUGAAAUGGAUCUGAAAAAUAUUCACUUUGCUAUUCAUAGAUGUAAGUUUCAUUUCUUUUUUUGGUAUUGCAGUCUUUGGCUGUGUAUAUUGGUAUUCUGCAACUGACUUUACUUGCAGAUGUGCAUAGGCAACACACACACUUAAUAUCAGUUAUAUUUUGGAGGCAUGCAAAACCAUUGUGCUACACAAUAAGUUACGUCAUGGGAUUGCUGGCUGAAGAGCAAGAAUAGAUAAAUGAGCACGUGAGAUUAGUUGCAGAUGAGUGGGUGGCUCACAUUGGGGUAAAAUUGAUCUGCUUACAUCUCUCAUUUUUGGAUUUAAGAGGACGGGUUUUGCUCCAAACCAGCAUUUUGUCGAUUAGAUGGCUCUGAUUUGACUUGCCAACCUAGUUGAAAGUCUGUGAUUGAAGUUGCCAAAAAAAACUUACCAUAAAAUGUAAGAUGAGGACUGAUUCGUGGAUGUGCAGUCUUGGUGAUUUCCCCCAAUCUAUUACCACGCAAAUCACUAUUAAAGUACACCUAAACUUGCAUCUAUUCUGCAACUGAAUGGAAGCUAAAUGUACCAUUUUUUGGAAUUAAAGCAUAUUCUGGAGUUAGAAAACCUAAACUAUGUUAAGUGAGGACAAUGGUACAACAUGUAGUCAUAACAAUAAUAGUUAUGUGUAGGAAAGAGCUGCAGAUGCUGGUUUAAAUUGAAGGUAGACACAAUGCUGGAGUAACUCAGCGGACAGGCAGCAUCUCUGGAGAGAAGGAAUGGGUGAGGUUUUGGGUUGAGACCGUCUUCAGACUAAAUAAUAGCUAUGGUACAUAUCUUGCAAGAAUCUGUCACUAUUAAUUAUUUUUGCACCAGCAUUUCUUUGGGAAGGGAGCGGGAGGGUGCUGGAAAGUAAUCCUCACGACUAUCAAAUGCUUUUGAGCCUUGUAGAUUGAGUUACAUUUUAAGUAGACAUUGCAGUUCAUUCCUAUAAGUUUAUGCAGCAAAUCAAUUCUGCAUUAAUUGUUACCAUCACUGUAUUUCUAACUUAACUGGUCUGUAAUGCUAAACUUAUUUUUUUUGAUUAAAAAUCACUUGGGAACCAG